AUGGAAGGUUGGAUACUACAACACUUCCUAGAAAUUAUUGACCGAGGAGAGGUUCCUAGCUACAUUAAGCUCAUGUCGCGUGCUAGUGUAUUCAGCCCCCGGAAAGGGAACCAGGUGACGGAUCCUUAUAGGCACGCACUUGAUCGCAUGACUGCCGAAGACAUACGUUAUGACUCCUAUACUGAGUACCGUGAGGCGAUUCCGUUUGAUGAGAUAUCACUAUAUACUGGAUGGUUGGCCGCUAGCUCGACCAUUAUUUUAGAUGAGGUCUUUGUAGACUGGGAGCAUCACAUGGUUCAUGAGGAGGCUCGGGCGACAAUAACAGAGCACGAAUGGAGCUAUGUUGAGGGGUACAUCUCCUGGUACUACAGAGUGUCACACCCGUACAUGCUUCCCGCUACAGAUGGAGAUCCGCCCAGACCAGCUCACGAGGAGAUUCUACGGACGCAUCAGGCUGAGUUGGACCACACUUAG